GUGCUGCCUUUCAUCUAUCGUGCCAUUGGUUCAAAGCAUCUUCCUGACAAUAACAUCAGCUUUGUUCAUCUUGAUUCCCAUCCAGACCUUCUUAUUCCUGUGAAUAUGCCUGCAGACACGGUAUUUGACAAAGAAGCUCUUUUUAAUGAAUUAAGUAUUGAGAACUGGAUUAUGCCUGCUGUUUAUGCUGGCCAUAUUUCUCAAGUCAUAUGGCUUCACCCACCGUGGGCUCAGCAGAUCUCAGAAGGAAAACACAAUUUUUUAAUUGGGAAAGACAUGUUAACAACUACAAUCAGGGUUACAGGUACAGAUCAUUACUUUUUAAGUGAUGGUCUUUAUGUCCCUGCUGAUCAGCUAGAAAACCUGAAGCCUUUAAAUUUACACGUCAUUCUCAUCAAUCCCACUGAAGCAUCAAACAGUGGGGAAAAAAAUGGCGAAGUACCACAUGCUAAGAGAAUGAAGCUAAAUACAGAUGACACAGCAAGCACCACUUCUCCCUCUUCAUCAGUGGCUCCUGGUGACCUUGAUCACAGCACCCUAAAUGUGAAGAAAAAGGAAGUACAAAAUGAAAAUGCCCUGAACAGGGCAGAAACCUUGUCAGAGUUCUCAGCUUCGGCCUCGCUAAGAAACAAUGAAUGCUCAAUAAGAGAAGUUGUUAAAGAUGUCUGCCAAGCCCUGCAGAAAGGGGAUGCGUAUGUUUUGGACAUUGACUUAGAUUUUUUUUCAGUUAAAAAUCCAUUCAAAGAAAUGUACACCCAGACAGAAUAUGAGCUUUUGCAAGAGUUGUAUAAUUUCAAGAAGCCUCAUGGAAAUGCAACAGAGGAGGGCUUGCUGGAUUGUGUUGAAAACCGUGUUCAUCAACUAGAAGAUCUGGAAGCAGCAUUUGCUGAUUUGUGUGACAGUGAUGAUGAAGAGACCCUACAGAAGUGGGCUUCAUAUCCUGGAAUGAAGCCACUUGUUCAACUAGUUCACAGUUUGAAAACCAGGAUGGAAAGCCCAGACUACGAAAUGGUCCAUCAAGCUGGUUUGACCUGUGAUUAUAUGGAGCUUCCUCACCAUGUUAGCACUGCAGAGGAGAUCGAAGGCCUCAUACAAUCCAUUAAACUUCUACUAAAAGAUAUGCCUAAGCCCACACUUGUGACAGUUGCUCGAUCAAGUUUGGAUGACUAUUGCCCUUCAGAGCAGGUUGACAUCAUUCAAGAGAAGGUUCUCAAUUUAUUAGGUUCAGUGUAUGGCACUCUGGAUGUGCACUUAGAUUACUCAAACACCUAAUCUUCUUUGUGACCUUUCUUCAGGUAUUGCCCUCUAAUGCAGUGGAUUAUUUUAAAUUGCAUAUUAGCUAUGGUUGCAAGGGGAAAAAUACUGUUAUUUCAGCAGGUGGCACUAGAACCCAAGCUGACAAAGAGCUAGUUUUUGAGUUGCAUUGCUUUUUCCACGUUAGCGGCAUCUGAGCUGUUACCUGUUUGGCUUUGUUCAGAUUAGUUCUGUCAUUGUUAUUUUUGCUGUCUUGUCUCUUAAAAU